AUGCAGCCGUGCGAUCCAUCAUCCGCCUUCUUUGGAUUCAUGGGAGUGACGUCAGCGCUGGUCUUUGCGAACCUGGGAGCUGCCUAUGGGACUGCCAAGUCAGGUGUGGGCAUUGCCUCCAUGGGUGUCAUGCGACCAGAUAUGAUCAUGAAGUCCAUCAUUCCCGUGGUCAUGGCGGGUGUGUUGGGCAUCUACGGCCUCAUCACUGCAGUGAUCAUCAAUGGCAAGAUGGAUGCCGCGAACUACUCUGCCUACUCAGGCUAUGCGCAUCUUGGCGCUGGACUUACUGUGGGGAUGAGUUCCCUCGCUGCGGGCCUUGCCAUUGGAAUUGUGGGCGAUGCUGGUGUACGAGCAAAUGCGCAGCAGCCUCGGCUCUUUGUAGGAAUGAUCUUGAUUCUCAUCUUUGCAGAGGCUCUCGGCUUGUAUGGCCUCAUUGUUGGCUUAGUUGUCGCAUCCACAGCAGAGGGCAAGGGCAAAGGAGCAUGGUGCACAACCAUCCAGUCCAGGGCAACUGACGUUUUGUUUGACAAGACGUGGAAGGAGCGACACAGGAAAGGGGAGAACGACUACUCCAAGAACAUGAUUGCAGAGCCCUUUGAGAAUCAGCUCAUGCGCUUCAUAUUUCGUUCGAUCGCAGGGGCUCUUGCAGGGCUAGGGAUUCAUGCUGUGGUGACUCGCUUCACAGGGAGUCAGAAGGAUCGAAAGACUGACUGA